AGACGCAUAAACUGCAUGACAGGGAACAAAUCUUAUUUAGGAUUUCCUGGAUUAAAAAAUACUUUGUUUAUUCACCCAGCUGUAGCAACUGCACAUACGUGGUCGUCUUGCUCUUGGAACAUCUGCAAGGCUUGCAGGAAGCUGUUUCUGCCCGAGCGUUAUUAUUGUUAUUACGCGUUCCUCACACUAAGGGGUUAAGCAUUUGGAACAGAGAGAGCCUUGUGUGGGCAGGGAGUCCGUGCUCCACUCUUAGGGAAUCCAGUCCAGCUUGGAAUCCCAACUGCCCUUUUGUUGUCCUCCCCAUGUGCUGCCCGCACUAAGGUGUUGGUUGUGACAGAGCCAGUUUGUAGCAGUGCUCGUUAUCUUUCACAUUCUUAUCCCAGGCAUGCUGGUGCUGCUGCACUGGGUGGAAGGGCUGCUGGAGCUGAGCUAAAGAGGAAUUUAAACAUAUUGGGAAAGCACGCACGUAGAGUUUCUGUACCAGGGAAGAAGACGAGAAGAGGAAAACUGAGGCAGUGCAAAAGGAAAUCCCGGUCACUUUUCGGCAGGAGAGAUGGGCUGGUUAGAGGAACCUAACUGGCAGCUUCACAUUUCUUUGCUAAUGCUUCUGACUUUACAGACCAAAGCCAAUCUCCUUGACAACAUGCUACUACGGAAUUCGGGGAAGAUUAAUACUGAAAGCAGGAAGGAAGAUGGGGAAAGCACAGUGUCUGCCCCUCCUCAGAAGAUAUUAUGGUGUCAUUGCCAUCUUCACUGUCCAGAGGACUCUGUCAACAAUACAUGCAGGACAGAUGGAUACUGCUUCACAAUAGUUGAAGAAGAUGAAUCUGGUAUUCCUUUGGUUACUUCAGGGUGUCUUGGUUGGGAAGGAUCAGAUUUUCAGUGUCGGGAUACACCUAAAUCACAUCACAGAAGAGCAAUUGAAUGCUGCACAGAUAAAAAUUUCUGCAAUAAAGAUCUUCACCCAACACUUCCUCCACUGAAAAGAGAUUUUGUCGAUGGCAGCAUUCACAACAUGGCAUUGCUUAUCUCUGUGAUUGUAUGCAGCAUACUCCUGGGCUUAUUUUUCAUCUUCUGCUACCUAAGGUAUAAGAGACAAGAAGCCAGGCCUCGCUACAGCAUAGGUCUUGAACAGGAUGAAACAUGCAUCCCUCCAGGGGAGUCCCUUAAGGAUCUGAUCGAACAGUCGCAGAGCUCAGGAAGUGGCUCAGGCCUCCCCCUGCUGGUACAAAGAACUAUAGCUAAACAGAUUCAUAUGGUGAAGCAAAUCGGGAAAGGUCGCUAUGGAGAAGUGUGGAUGGGAAAGUGGCGUGGAGAAAAGGUGGCAGUCAAAGUGUUCUUUACAAUGGAAGAAGCCAGUUGGUUCAGGGAGACAGAAAUUUAUCAGACUGUGUUGAUGAGACAUGAAAAUAUUUUGGGCUUCAUUGCAGCAGAUAUUAAAGGAACAGGCUCUUGGACCCAGUUGUAUCUGAUCACAGACUACCAUGAAAAUGGCUCCUUAUAUGACUAUUUGAAGUCUACAACUCUUGACACUAAAGCCAUGCUCAAACUGGCCUAUUCUUCAGUCAGCGGCCUCUGUCACUUACACACUGAGAUCUUUGGCACACAAGGGAAGCCAGCCAUUGCUCACCGGGACUUAAAAAGCAAAAAUAUACUUGUCAAGAAGAAUGGAAUGUGCUGCAUAGCAGAUUUAGGCUUGGCUGUUAAAUUUAUUAGUGACACCAAUGAAGUAGACAUUCCACCAAACACUCGAGUGGGCACAAAACGCUACAUGGCGCCAGAGGUACUGGAGGAGAGUCUGAACCGGAAUCAUUUUCAGUCAUAUAUUUUGGCAGAUAUGUACAGCUUUGGCCUAAUCCUCUGGGAGAUUGCACGGAGAUGUGUGUCAGGAGGGAUAGUGGAAGAAUACCAGCUACCAUACCACGAUAUGGUACCCAGCGAUCCAUCAUAUGAAGACAUGAGAGAAGUUGUGUGCAUCAAGCGAUUACGACCUUCUUUCCCUAACCGGUGGAGCAGUGAUGAGUGCUUGAGGCAAAUGGGAAAACUUAUGACUGAGUGCUGGGCCCAAAAUCCUGCUUCACGUCUCACAGCCCUGCGGGUAAAGAAAACACUUGCAAAAAUGUCAGAGUCCCAGGACAUUAAGCUCUGAUGGACUACCAGAGGAACCAGUAAAAAGGCCCAAAUUAUGGACCCACCCUUUCUAGUCUAGCCCAAGAAGGCCUCCUAAUGGUUGAAGAAAUAAAUAUCAGCAAUCACAUAAAAUUCCUUUUUGCUGUGACAGUAGGCUGAGGUCUGAAGGAGAACUACACAGUGUGAUCACGCUUGACACAGGAUAUACUUCAAGAUGGAAAUGGAGGUUUGCUCAAAGAACAUGCAUCUUUUCAACCAUUUAUUAAAGAAAGGUUGGAUGCUUUCUGUGAAAGCUCGUUUUUUAUUUUUGGACAGUUUGAGAAAUAAGAACAGCUUUAAAUUGAUAAAGACUUUUAAUUUAGUUCUUUAUGCAUAUUACAUAUAUAUAUAUAUAUAUAUAUAUAUAUAUAUAUAUAUAUAUAUAUAUAUAUAUAUAUAUUGUUACUUUGGAUGUGGGGUGGGGGACAGAGAUAGUGCCUAAACAAAUAAACAAAGCAAAAGGAAUGUCCCAUAGAAAAUGUUGGCCUCCCAAUAAAACAUGCCACGGCAAUGAAAUAUUGAUACAGUAUGAAACAUCACCUGUGUAUAAAGUUUUGCAAGUUUCAUAUUAAGUUGUUUUUGGGAAGUACCUGUAUAUCUAUUUCCCAGGAUGAUAUCCAAGUCAUGUGGAUGCUGUAAACAAAGCUGACUGUACUAAGGACAAUCUCAAGUUGAUAAACAUGUACAGUCCAGUGUGAAUCCUGUAAUGUUACAGUAUUGGGGUAAUGUAUGAAGUGGACUAAUAGAUUAUUGCAUUUUCUGCACACAGGACUUGGAGCACUUUACUUGCCUCUGUCAAACUCAUUUUUCCAAUUGUCAAAUGUUUAAUGCUGUCCCUUACAAUGUUUUACAUAAUGUUCAGUAAGUAGCCUAAUGCCAAGUUAAGAAAAAGGAUUACCAGAAGCUGUGAGGCUGAUUGCCUGAUGAAUAAAUUAACUGUCAAAGGAAAAUUGAAAAUAAAGAAAUUUUCAGGUUAAGAUUGAUUUGUUUGAUGCUGUCUCUAUAAUGGAAGUAUUCUUGGGGGUAAGAUAUUACUUCUGAUGUGCAAACACUGAGAAAUCUUGUCUGUCCUCAUUGUCAUGAACAUGCCAGUUUUCUAGACACUUGAAAGCAAAAAAUAAAUUCUACAAAUGUUAUCAGUCA